UCUCAUUUUCUUUUUCUUUCCUUGCCAACCUUCCCUCCCUUGGGCCCAACCCCGUCGCUCGUUUUCCUCCUCGAGAGCGCCGCCACCGCUGCCGAGCGCCCCAGCCCCCUCGCUCCGUCGCUGGUCUUCCUCCUCGCGCGAUCGCCUCCACCGCAGAUUAGGUGUCCACUGUUAUUUUCAUGUCCUCCUCACCUGCGAUGGCAAUUGCUUUCAAAGCAAGCACGAGUUAUUUUACUGCACAACAACUGUGUGGGCAUUCAACCUGGGACCAAUGUCAGAAUGGUUUCACUCACUUAAAUGAACGAAAGAGCAGAAAAGGCUCUGCGGCACUGCAUGUGAGAGCUAUUUCCAGAAACUUAGACUUGGAUUUCAGUGAUCCGUCUUGGAAGCAAAAGUAUCAAGAAGACUGGGAUAUGCGUUUUAGUUUGCCUCAUAUUACAGAUAUAUUUGAUUUAAAGCCAAGGCUUACUUCAUUUUCUCUGAAGAAAAACAGAACUCCCUUGGGCGAUAAUGAUGGUUCAUCACCUGACAUGUGGAACGGCUAUGUAAAUAAGGAUGACCGGGCACUUCUAAAGGUGAUUAAAUAUGCCUCUCCUACUUCUGCUGGAUCUGAGUGCAUUGAUCCUGAUUGUAGCUGGGUGGAACAUUGGGUGCAUCGUGCUGGGCCUCGUAAGGAAAUAUACUAUGAACCUGAGGAAGUAAAAGCAGCAAUUGUUACCUGUGGAGGGCUCUGCCCUGGUUUAAAUGAUGUCAUUAGACAGAUAGUAUUUACCCUGGAGAUCUAUGGGGUUAAGAAUAUUGUUGGAAUUCAGUUUGGUUAUCGUGGAUUUUUCGAAAAAGGCUUGAAAGAAAUGCCGCUUUCACGUGAUGUGGUGGAAAACAUAAAUCUAUCUGGUGGAAGUUUCCUAGGUGUCUCUCGUGGAGGAGCAAAAACUAGUGAGAUUGUAGAUAGUAUACAGGCCAGAAGAAUUGAUAUGCUCUUUGUAAUAGGUGGAAAUGGUAGCCAUGCAGGAGCUAAGGCUAUCCAUGAGGAGUGUCGUAAGAGAAAACUGAAAGUUUCAGUUGUUGCUGUUCCAAAAACAAUUGAUAAUGAUAUACUUUUCAUGGAUAAGACUUUUGGUUUUGAUACAGCUGUUGAAGAAGCUCAACGUGCAAUCAAUUCUGCCUAUAUAGAGGCACGUAGUGCAUACCAUGGAGUCGGGUUGGUCAAAUUAAUGGGUAGGAGCACUGGGUUCAUUGCCAUGCAUGCUUCUCUUUCUAGCGGACAAAUUGAUGUCUGCCUAAUACCCGAGAUAUCUUUUACACUUGAUGGAGAACGUGGUGUCUUGGCACACCUUGAGCAUUUAUUGAAAACCAAGGGAUUUUGUGUGGUUUGUGUUGCUGAAGGUGCAGGACAGGAUUUGCUGCAAAAAUCAAAUGCGACAGAUGCAUCAGGAAAUGUGAUACUUAGUGACUUUGGUGUCCACAUGCAGCAAAAGAUUAAGAAACAUUUCAAGGACAUCGGUGUUCUAGCUGAUAUAAAAUACAUUGACCCAACAUAUAUGGUCCGGGCCUGUCGCGCGAAUGCAUCAGAUGCUAUCUUGUGCACCGUGCUUGGACAAAAUGCUGUUCAUGGAGCAUUUGCCGGGUUCAGUGGCAUCACAUCAGGUAUUUGCAAUACGCACUAUGCCUACCUUCCGAUCACAGAAGUCAUCACAACACCGAAGCAUGUGAACCCAAAUAGCAGGAUGUGGCACCGCUGUCUGACGUCCACUGGCCAACCGGACUUCGACUAACUCGUAUUUGCCAUUUACUUCUCUGCAAGGUUGAAGUUGAAAUGAAUUAACUACAUUUUUCUCUUACCCACAGUAGACACUGCGCAAGCUACCAACAAUAACGUAAUGCUGACAAUAAACUCGACCGUAUCUUUUCAGCCACAAAUUUUUGUACAUGAGUACUGGAGCUGUACAAGCUCACAUUAAUUUGUCCAGAAUAAUUGAACUCUGUAAUACAUGGUCCAUUGACCACGAUAAUGCUAAAAGGAAGCUCUCGGCUUUCAUUUUUCUUUUUGA